AUGGUAGCACGCAGAUAUGGUGUAAGUCUUGUUGGUGUACAGCAGAACAGUGGUGUAUCUACAAUACAGCUCAACCCUGGGCCACGUCACAUCAUAAAGGAGUCGGGCAUUUGUUUCUAUAUGAACAUUACCAAGGAAGAGAACUCUGCCUUAAUUUUAGUUCAUCCGAACCUGGAGGACUCGAAACCGGACAGGAAAUUGAUGCAGCGCGGGGAACAUACGUCAAAAGUCGCCAGUGUGAUAGCAAGUGUUGGGACGAUGGCUUUAGAGUUACAACACACUCGUCUUAUCAACGCUCCUCCAGAGAUUAAAAGAUCCGGUAGUCGGCGGACAAAGUUACAGAUUCCUUCAGGGCUUACAGCUGCGAACCUACAGAAAAGGCCUAGUAUUGCACCUGUACCUGCCUUCCUUGAGGCUUCGGAUAUAACAAUACAAGUUGAGGAGGAGACCAUGUCAGAGGACAGGUUUCCUUACGCUGAUGAGGAGGAUAAUCCUGAAUUUGUGCGAGGAUUUCCACCUGUAACACCUUACAUUGGAACCAGUCCAACAUUAUGUCACCUAAUGAGAGAAAAACGCCCACUUUGUUGUCUUCAACUUGUUCAGGUCUGUGAUCACUGCAGUUAUAAAAAUGCUAAGGAGUAUCAAUGGCCGAAUCCGGCAAUCAUCGUAGCAGCUGACUAUGCCAGUAACGGUCUCUACAACUUCAUCGUUCCAUUACGGUCACAUGCAAGACCUAGCAAUACAUUAAAUCCCAUCGUCUUACUACUAGAAAAAAGACCAGACACUACAUUCCUGGAAACAAUAUGUCAUUUUCCUAUGGUAUAUUGGAUGCUUGGCUCAAUUGAUGUAAUAGAUGAUUUACUUCGGGCAGGUGUAAACCUGGCGGACAAUGUAGUGAUAGUAAACAAGGAGAGUUCUAAUUCCCAGGAGGAGGAGACCUUAGCUGAUUGUAACACCAUCGUAGCUGUACAAAGUAUAUUUAGAUUAUUUCCAAGUGCCAAUAUUAUAACAGAGUUAACCCAGUCAUCUAACAUGAGGUUUAUGCAGUUUCAAGCCAAUGAUUCCUACUCAUAUGAGUUGUCAAAACAAGAGAAGAAAGAGAAAGAGCGAGGGUCACAUAUUUCAUAUAUGUUCCGUCUGCCGUUUGCUGCGGGUAAUGUAUUCAGUGCCAGCAUGUUGGAUACUUUGUUAUACCAGGCAUUUGUGAAGGACUAUCUCAUUACCUUUGUACGUCUGUUACUCGGUAUCGACCAAGCUGUCGGAUCUGGACAUUUAUCAUGUAUGAAAAUAACCAAGGAUGAUCUCUGGAUUAGAACAUAUGGUAGACUCUACCAAAAAUUGUGCUCCACAACAUGUGAAAUUCCCAUCGGAAUUUUCCGAACUCAAAUCAAAUCAUGCCGUUCCCCACCUGCCAAUACCUCUAAUGCCUCAUUCAUGUCGAGAGACCAAUCAGCACUUAAUUUAGCAUUUAGAAAUUCUGUAAGAGGUCGGACAUAUAGAAGCCAGAAUGGGGUUUCAUUGAAUAUGAUGACUGGUUCAGAAAGACAAGAGGAUCAUUCUGGUCAAGUCAACCCAGAACUGCAUGAGAUUAGUCAGAUGGUCAAGUGUAGAAUGCAGAGUAUAGGUCAGCCUCUUAGUGACUAUGAUGACAAGAAUGAAAAGAGAGAUACUAUUUCCUAUGUAGUGAUCAAUCCUGGCUAUGAUUUACAGCUCAAACUCGGAGAUGUUGUUUAUUUGAUACGACCGAGUUCUUUAUCUCCAAAACCUUCACCAUUGAUAGAUGAGAGGAAACAGAUGCAGCAUCAUAUGAAUGGGAAAAGAGAGGAACCAACAGGGGCAGAUAACUCUGAGAUACAAACAUCUGACUCGGUUGUUAAGACAAAAGGACGACUUGUUAAAGAUGGAAACAAUCGGAUCCCAAUAAUAUAUAUGGAUGACAGUGACACUGAUGAAGAGAUGACAGAAAAUGAUAAAACCACAAGCGAAAAUACCGAGAGAAACAAAAACAUCCCGACCUUUGACCUCAUGACAGAUGAAGAGCUAGAUCAAGAAACAUGUAACCAUAGCGACCAUAUCAGUACGCCGGAGACGCUUGAACCUCCGGUUAUAGCUGUUAAAGGAACGGUGGUGUGACACAUUGGUGUAUUUCUGUCAACUGACUGUGUCCACACACACAAAACCAAAACUAUAGUGUACUGGAUGCUUAUUUACGCGUUUUAAUGGCAGUAAACUCUUACUACGUGUACAUGUUCAACCUGUGUAAAGUUUAGAGUGUUUAAGCAUUUUAAGUCUGGACUUAAAUUAUUUGGUG